CAUCACAGCAGCGAUAUGUUGGCCUUAUGAAGCGAUAACUGCGUUGUAUAUUUAUAAAAUAUCCCGUUUAAGUCCAGGCCAGUUUUGUCUGAUGUAUUUGAUGUGGAGCAGAAUACUGAGUUCUCAUGUGAUUGGGAGAACUACUUCGUGUUGGAGGAGUCUCUACACUAUGCAGGUGAAGACCAGAGAGUUCCAGUCUUUGUUCACUGAAGGACUGAAAGGACUAGCAGAGGUGUUUGAGAAGCACCAGCAUGAGCUCAGGAUAGCUGGAGGCGCUGUACGUGAUCUGCUGUCUGGGAAACGGCCUGAAGAUGUGGACCUUGCCACCACAGCCACUCCAGAGGAGAUGAAGCACAUGUUCCAAAGUGCUGGCAUCCGGAUGAUCAAUAACAAAGGAGAGAAGCAUGGGACCAUUACAGCAAGGCUACACAAUGAGAAUUUUGAAGUGACCACAUUGCGAGUGGAUGUUCAGACGGAUGGACGUCAUGCUGAGGUGCAAUUCACCACUGACUGGUACAAAGACGCUGAGAGGAGAGAUCUCACCAUCAACUCCAUGUUUUUAGGUCUCGAUGGCACAUUAUAUGAUUAUUUCCAGGGAUAUGAAGACCUGCAGAACCAUAAAGUUCGGUUUGUCGGCAGCGCUGAAGAAAGGAUUCAAGAGGACUACCUGAGAAUACUGCGCUAUUUUAGGUUCUACGGCAGGGUGGCAUUAAAGCCUGAUGACCAUGAGCCUGAGAUACUGGCUGCCAUCAAGGAAAACGGUCGUGGACUGGCAGCAAUAUCAGGAGAGAGGAUUUGGAUGGAAAUAAAGAAGAUGGCAGUUGGUAACCACGCUGCCCAUCUGCUGGAGCUGGUGUAUACGCUGGACCUGGCCCAGUACAUAGGUUUACCUCCAGGUGGCGAUGUUGAUGAGCUGAAGAGAGUGUGGCAGAACGUCAAGCACCACUCUCCCAAACCCAUGACCAGCCUGGCUGCACUCUUCCACUGCCCAGAGGAUGUGGAAAAGAUGGACCUCCGACUGAAGGUGUCCAGGGAAGAGAAGAGUCUGGCUCUUUUCCUGAUCAAAUACAGACGGGAGCUCCGAAAGACCGAGGAUGAGUCGAACAGCCUCAAACCCUUCACUGACUUUAUUUUUGAUAAUCGGGAGCUGGAUACGCAGAGUAAAGUGUGUGAGUUGCUAAAGUAUCAAGGUGAGGACAAACUACUGGCAGAGCUCUCCACAUGGUCCAUCCCUCGUUUCCCCGUCAGUGGCCACGAUCUGAGGAGGAUGGGCAUAGUAGGCAAGGAGAUAGGUGACACCUUACAGAAGCUCCGUGACAUCUGGAAGAAAAGUCAUUAUUGCAUGGACAAAGACGAACUCCUGAGUUACAUAAAGCCUUAAACGCACAAAAAGAAGAGGCAUUUUUGUGUCUCAUACAGUAGUAAUGGCAUGGACAUGUGACACGGUAAUUGUGCUCCUCAGAGGUGUGGAUCGAGCAAACUGAUGCGUAUUGUUGAGAAAGGUCGCCUCAAGAACCAAGACAUGGAUCCUCACCAAAGAGUGCAGUUUCAUUCUAAACUACUCCAGGGUCACAUUUGUUUAUCUGCAUUGCCAUGUACAUUUGAGGAGCUCACACACAAUGUGCUUUUAGCAUCCCAGCUGCCACCUUAUGAGAAAAUGUGUAAUGACAGUUGAUUUCACCAUAUGUGUUAUUACAGAGCCCUGCUGUUUACGCAAAUUCUUCAGAUAAACAGCUGAUAUUAUAUGGUGCUCAGGAAAUUCAGAUGUCAACUCUGUCACUUAUUCAGUGGUUGGACUGGUGUGAUGAGGCAAUAAAAUCUUAGUUCAGUUACUACAGA